AUGCGUCCAAUAUUCUUAUUACUUUUUGCUUUAAUUCAUUUCAUUUUUUGCUUACCGGUGAUAAUUGAUUUUGCUAAUAUCCAAGAUAAAGAUGAUAUUCUUGACAAACGUGCUUUUUUACCAGCAGAUAAUGGUUUAGUCAUUUCCCAAGGUCCCACCAUUAAUUCUGGUUCUUCUUUUGAUUUAUUAGGUGGUAGUACACCUGUUUGGGGGGGUGUAAAUUUGCCUGGUGUAGGGGGCACAUCUUCCCUGCCCAACCCCACUUUUGAUUUUAAUGCAUUUCCACUCAUUGAAGAAAUUCCCGACGAACUUCCACAGGGGGGGACGGAAGAAACCGAAAAUGAAAAUCAGGAGAUCAAUAAUGACCUCGGGCUUAUAAGUGAUCAUUUUGCUAUUUCGAAUGGAGUCAAUGUACCUGGAAUUGGAAGUCCAAUUGACUCUCCUAGUGAUGGUGAAUCUUCUAAUGGCGGUGAAUCUCCUAAUGGUGGUGAAUCUUCUAAUGGCGGUGAAGCUCCUAAUGGUGGUGAAUCUUCUGAUGGUGGUGAAUCUCCUAAUAGUGGUGAAGCUCCUAAUGGUAGUGAAUCUUCUAAUGGCGGUGAAUCUCCUAAUGGUGGUGAAUCUCCUAAUGGUGGUGAAUCUUCUAAUGGUGGUGAAUCUUCUAAUGGCGGUGAAUCUUCUAAUAGUGGUGAAGCUCCUAAUAGUGGUGAAUCUCCUAAUGGUGGUGAAUCUCCUAAUGGUGGUGAAUCUCCUAAUGGUGGUGAAUCUUCUAAUGGUGGUGAAGCUCCUAAUGGUGGUGAAUCUCCUAAUAGUGGUGAAUCUUUUAAUGAUGGUGAAUCUUCUAAUGGUGGUGAAUCUCCUAAUAGUGGUGAAGCUCCUAAUGGUGGUGAAGCUCCUAAUGGUGUUGAAUCUUCUGAUGGUGGUGAAGCUCCUAAUAGUGGUGAAUCUUCUAAUGGCGGUGAAUCUCCUAAUGGUGGUGAAUCUCCUAAUAGUGGUGAAUCUUUUAAUGGCGGUGAAUCUCCUAAUAGUGGUAAAUCUUUUAAUGGUGGUGAAGCUCCUAAUGGUGGUGAAUCUUCUAAUGGUGGUGAAUCUCCUAAUAGUGGUGAAUCUUCUAAUGGCGGUGAAUCUUCUAAUGGUGGUGAAUCUUUUAAUGGUGGUGAAUCUUCUAAUGGCGGUGAAUCUCCUAAUGGUGGUGAAUCUCCUAAUAGUGGUGAAUCUUUUAAUGGCGGUGAAUCUCCUAAUAGUGGUAAAUCUUCUAAUGGUGGUGAAUCUUCUAAUAGUGGUGAAUCUUCUAAUGGUGGUGAAUCUCCUAAUGGUGGUGAAUCUCCUAAUAGUGGUGAAGCUGCUAAUGAUGGUGAAGCUCCUAAUAGUGGUGAAUCUCCUAAUGGUGGUGAAUCUCCUAAUGAUGGUGAAUCUCCUAAUAGUGGUGAAUCUCCUAGUGAUGGUGAAGCUCCUAAAGGUGGUGAAGCUCCUAAUAGUGGUGAAUCUCCUAAUGGCGGUGAAUCUCCUAAUGGUGGUGAAUCUCCUAAUAGUGGUGAAUCUCCUAAUAGUGGUGAAUCUUCUAAUGGCGGUGAAUCUCCUAAUGGUGGUGAAUCUUCCAAUAGUGGUGAAUCUUCUAAUAGUGGUGAAUCUUCUAAUGGUGGUGAAUCUUCUAAUGGUGGUGAAUCUCCUAAUAGUGGUGAAUCUCCUAAUAGUGGUGAAUCUCCUAAUGGUGGUGAAUCUUCUAAUAGUGGUGAAGCUCCUAAUGGUGGUGAAUCUCCUAAUAGUGGUGAAUCUCCUAGUGAUGGUGAAUCUUCUAAUGGUGGUGAAUCUCCUAAUGGUGGUGAAUCUUCUAAUAGUGGUGAAUCUUCUAAUGGCGGCUCUCCUAAUGGUGGUGAAUCUCCUAAUGGUGGUGAAGCUCAUAAUGGUGGUGAAUCUUCUAAUGGUGGUGAAGCUCCUAAUGGUGGUGAAUCUUCAAAUAGUGGCGAAUCUCCUAAUGGCGGUAAAGCUGCUAAUGGUGGUGAAUCUUCUAAUGGUGGUGAAGCUGCUAAUGGUGGUGAAUCUUCUAAUGGUGAUGAAGCUCCUAAUGGUGGUGAAGCUCCUGGUCAAUCGUCUAGUGAUGGUGCAUCUUCUAAUGGUGGUGAAUCUUCUAAUGGUGGAGCAUCUUCCAGUGGUGGUGAAUCUUCUAGUGAUGGUGUCGGUGAUGAUGAUUCUCUUGAUAGUGGUGAUGGUAUCGAUGAACUUGCUCCUGCUGGUGAAGAUCUCAGCCAACCUCAACCUAGUGAAGUUACUGAGAAGUUUGAAAUGGAAUUCCAAGAGAGUUUGGGAGAUGCAUCUAACGAGAGUGGUCAUUCUGAGACUUCUUUAGAUAUAAAUAUAGGGGAGAGUGAGAUGGAAGAUGAAAAGCACAAUGUACUGAAACAGGAAGCUGAUUCUUUAAAUGCUGUAUCAUCGGAACAAGUUACAAAAUCGAAAGCUAGUGAUUUAUCGGAAACCAAUUCUUCCAAUGAACAUGUGUCCCAAAUUGAACUUCCCAAAGCAGAUGAAUCUGAUAGCAACCCUUCAAAUCAAGCUUCAUCUAAAAUUUCUGGUUAUCAAACUGGCCCAAAAUCUUCUGGCGAUUCAACUGAAGAUACGGUAGAAAGCGGAAAUGUUAGUAAUGGUUUUUCAUCUGAUGUACCCAAGGGCGAAUCAUCAAACCUUGUCCCACCUAUUCAGGAAUAUGAUGAAGGCUAUUUGAAUCAGCUAUACUCAUUGGAAGCUCUAGCUAAAAUAGAUGGAAGCAACAUAGCUUCGGAUGUGAAUAUGGCCAAUGGUGUUGAUUCCAAACUGGAGAGUUCUGACAAUAAAGAUAAACAAGCUCAGUCUGACAAUGAACGCAAUUCCGAACCAACACCAGUUAGUAUUGAAUCUUCAGCAUCCACAAAAAAUGAGAAUCCUGUCAGUAUUGAGGGUGAAGAAACCGUCAAAAUCACCAAGACAAUGGCAGUAACUACUGAUACACCCAGCAGUAUUGAUAAUAAAUCAACCACGAUGGCUAUUCAAGAGUCAAAGUCGUCAGAUAUUCUGAAUAGAUCAACCACGACGGCUAUUCAAGAGUCAAAGUCCUCAGAUAGUCUGAAUAGAUCCGGGGAAACUAUUGCCAAUCAUCAUGGGGCCAAUGGGGAACAACAUUCCAGUGGUGAUUCAAACUCUCAUGUCGAUGUCGACAACGGUGAUGACAACUUGGAUGGUGUUACUGAAACCUAUUUUAAAGAAGUUGACGACUCAAAUGAAAGUACAACAAUCCAUAAGCUCAACGGAAUAUCGAAUACUGCUAAACCCACCACAUUACAGACUGUCGUCUCUUCAACCCUGUCUAGUGUUUUUUACCAAGAUUAUACAGUGGACUUGCAAAAUUCUGCUCCAUCACAAGAAGGUCUUAUUAGUAUCAGUUUUCUAAUUUUGUGUGCUUUAAUUUAA